AACGGUUUAUGGAAGAGAAGGACAAGGACUGACCCGAGCUCUCGGACCAUGAGAGGAUUAUAGAUCUGGCCUUUUUGGUCGAUAUGCUGUGUCACUUGGACAGACUGAACCUGACCCGGCAGGGUAAGUUAAAAAUACUGCUUGACCUGGUGCAAAGUAUGUUUGCGUUCAUCAACAAACUGAAGCUGUUCAAGGCGCAUAUUCAGAAGGGAGAUUUAACGCAUUUUCCCACUCGCCUAAAAGCCAGCGGGCAAGAGACAGAUAUGGACACUGGUUGAAAAACUGCAGGAAAGCUUUGUGAUUGAUUGAUUGAUUUCCAACUGAAAAGUCCACAGAUUACAUUCCUCGUCGACCCAUUUAAUAUGGAUACGGAUUGUUUGAAAGCCCGGCUCGUCACAGAUGAGGCUGCGACUGAGUUGGAGAUGAUUGAUCUUUGUGAGGAGGACCAACUGAAAGCUGCUUGAAGUGAAAUCAAAGCAUCGAUCUGUUCGGACUGAAACCCAUGUGAAGGAAUUGCUUUGAGUGGCAACAACGGGAUACAAGCCAGAUUUGAAGAAGAUUGUCCACGGCAAGGAUGGCCAGAAUUCCCACUGAGCAACAUGCAUAAUAAACACCAAUACAGCAUCAUGGAAAUUGAAAGCCGUGUAUGUCGGCAGCGACUGAGUGAGUCAUCCAAGGUGUUCUUGUGGGCCGAUCAAGCAGUGGAAUUGUUGCAGGGGCUCAAUGAGCAGCGACAACACAGCCACCUGUGUGAUGUGGUGCUGGCGGCUGACAAGCAACCUCUUCACGCUCACAGAGCCCUGCUGGCCGUCUGCAGCCCUUACUUUCAUGCUAUGUUCACUUUGGGAAUGAGAGAGAAGCAACAACCACAGGUGCAGCUUUUUGGUUUGUCGUACGUUGGUCUGAAGACAGUCCUGGACUUCUUUUAUACUGGAGAGCUUCCAUUGGACGGCAGGAAUAUUGAAUCUGUGCUACAAGCUGCUCAUCACUUACAGAAUAUUGAGCUCAUAAAGGAGAUUAAAGAAGCGACCGGCCAACUCCACCUGGGUCCUAUAAACGUAAUUGCAAAUGUAUGGAAAGUGGUGGAUCUCUGCUGCCAGUUUCUGCAGCAGGAGGUGAGCGAGGAGAACUACUUGUACCUGCAGGAGUUGGCUCAGCUCUACAGUCUACAGCGACUUGACGCCUCCAUCGAUGACUUCCUCCUCAAACAUUUUGCUACCCUCUCCUUCACCCCAAACUUUCUUCGUGACAUUCCUUUGCACAAGCUAACCGCUUACCUCUCCAGUAACCAAAUUUGUCACCACGAUGAGCAGGAGCUGUUUCAGACAAUUUUACGUUGGCUCGCUCAAACUCUUGAGCGGAAAAUCCAUGCCAAACAGCUCCUGUCCCACAUUCGCUUUCCGCUGAUGCCGGUGGAGUACCUGGUCGACCAGGUGCUGCCGACACUGCAAACACUUUUUCCAGCUGAGGCCAGUUGUAAGGCCAUGGUGGAGGAAGCCUUGGAGUACUGUCGAAGCACAAGCGAGCAGCCGAUUCGGCAAACAGGACGCACUAUGCUGAGGGGAGGAGAGGAAUGCUUGUUGCUGAUUGGUGGAGAGGUGUCAGAGCGAGGAGAGGAGCUCAGUGCUAACGUUUGCCGGCUGAAUGGUGAUCGUUGGGAGACAGAAACUGAACUUCCUACUCAGCAAAGCCACCACUGCCUGGCUGUGCUUGGAGGCUUUAUCUUUGUUGCAGGUGGAAGUUUGUCCACCUCCAACGUUGGAGAUGCUGCGUGUAACUUGCUGUACAGAUACGAUCCUCGCCACAACCAAUGGACCAAGGGAGCUUCGAUGAAUGAGCCCCGGGUAAACUUUUACCUGGCCGCAGUGGGAGAAUGCUUGAUUGCUGUGGGUGGAAGAAAUGCCUUUGGAGCGUUGUCUUCUGUGGAGCGAUACUGUCCUGCUGAAGACCGCUGGUCCUAUGUAGCAGGACUGCCAAGGUUGACGUACGGCCAUGCCGGCACCUUGCAUCACGGUGUGAUUUACAUUUCCGGCGGACAUGAUUGUCAGAUCGGACCGUUUCGCAAAGACGUCCUGUGCUAUGAUCCAUUGGCGGAUGGCGACAUGUGGGUGGAAUGCCAACCCAUGGCGCUGGCUCGGUGCUGGCACUGCAUGGCCUCCCUCAAGAAUCUAAUCUACGCCAUCGGGGGCAGCAACGACCACGAGGAUACCAGUGAGCGAUUUGACAUUCUGCAGGUGGAGUCCUACAACACACGCAGCCAACAAUGGAGUCAUGUGGCACCCCUUCUGUUGCCAAACAGUGAGGCGGCCCUGGCGGUCUGGGCCGAGAGGAUUUAUGUGCUGGGCGGCUACAGCUGGGAGAAAAUGAAUUUCUCUGGGACAACUCAAGUGUACAAUCCUGAUGAAGACGUGUGGUCCACAGGGCCUGACCUGCCUAAACGCAUCGCAGGAUCCUCAGCUUGUGUGUGCGCCAUUAAAGCUCCUUUUACAUCUCUGAAUCCAGAGGGGAUCAAAAGUUGACAAGUGGGCCUCAUCAUGUCCAACUAUGGUAAGAUGUGAACAUCAAAUCUGCAAUAUUAGGUUAGAACAUAUUAAUUUUUUUUUCACUGCUUGCCUUUUCGUGAACAUACAUUCCAAAAAAACGAAAAAAAGUGGAAAUAAAUGAGGAAAUAGUUGAAAUGUUGAUCAGACUGGCUCAUGUUGACAUAAGUUGUCAACAUUACCGAACUAUUUAUUGCUUGCAGAUUUACUUACUUUUCUGAAAAAACUCUUAUUUUUUUUUUUUUUCUCCAUUCAUGCAUCCAGAAUCCAGGCUAAUAUUGCUAUGCUUCUACUUUGAAGUUGACUUUCCGAUGAACAGGAAGUAGCAGUAGUCCAGGGUGACUGUUCAAUUACUGCUGCUGAACAAAAAAGUACAUUGCAGCUUUUUAGAGAGAUGCUAGGUUGUAUCUUCAAGUGCUACAGGUAUGUUUUGAAUUACAAUUUUGGCACUUUUAUAUUCUUUCAUAUGUUUUGUGGCAACUACUGAACACAUCACGGUUGCACGGCACAAAUUGUGGAGUGGAACACAGGAGUUGCUUUAUAAAAGAAUAAAAACUACAAAAUGAAGACAGGCAAAAUAUUAAUGAUGUACACUUGCUCUAAAAAUAAAUAAAAAUAUAUACAUUU